CACUCCCAUAACAAACUCGUAGCGCCGUAGCAGCACGCACGCCGCCGCGACCGCCUUGCUGCCGUGGUCGUCGUCGUCGCCGCCGCCGCCACCGCCACCUGCAUCACCGCCACCACUUCAUCUGACAACCUGCGGCGGCGGUCACUGAACUAUCAACAGCGCUCGCGCGCAUACACACGCACACACGUUACACUCGCACGCACGCACGUUUCGGUCCACCGUGUGUACAGUCGUGCAGCAGUAUUCGUUGUAUAUGUAGUAGUAUUAGUAGUAGUAUUAGUAGUAGUAUUAGUAGUAGUGUUAGUAGUAGUAGUAGUAUUAGUAGUAGUAUUAGUAGUAGUAGUAGUAGUAGUAGUAGUAGUAGUAGUAGUAGUAGUAGUUUACCUGCCGCGGUCGUCGUCUUCUGCGUGCGUACCAUCCGCCGGCCGGCCGACGUGUCGUGUACAUCGCUGUUGCAGUCUUCGCGGACACGCGUGCGCACACGUGCCUGCAAACCUAAGCACCGUCGUGACAUCGAACAUCUAGCGCGGGGAUUUCGAUGGCCGCGGUAGCGAGAUAAUCCCGUAGGGAGUCUUAGGCGUGUUUGGAUCUUCGCGUUUGUGUCUUAUCGGUCAGUGUUUUUUUUUUUUAUUAUUAUUUUCGGGUAUCUCGCCAAUUCGUUCGUCCGCCCGGAAAUGCGUAUCGCCGGUUCGCGCGUCCAGCACCCGACCGGAUGAAUAGUAUUGGCGGCGGCGGCGGCGGUGGCGAUGUACCACCUACUGCAGCAUCAUCUGCGUGUCCACCGUCAUGUUCCGUCGCAGCGCCGUGACUUGAACGCGGACCACCGUCCGACACUAUCUCCGUCGUCGUCGUCGUCGUCACGUCAUCGCCAAUUCCAGUGAACGCGCGCGCACGCGCGCGCCACUAGACGGAACGGCAACAACAACAACAACAACAACAAUAACAGCAGCAGCACCGACUGAACGCCCGUGACGUGCAUAGCCAUGGACGUGUUCAAGCUCGACCAGACGUUGGCCGCUGGCCUGGGCGGCGCGCCGCCGGCCGACAAGCUGACGCCCGACGUGUCGUUCAACGCCGGCCACACGGACGAGUUCAACCUGAGCUUUUUCGACGACACCACCACGGACACGGCCGGCUCGGAGAGCCACGACCCGCCGACCCAAGGGUUCGGCGGCGGCGGUGGCGGCGGCGACGAGUCGUGCACCGCCAUGGACUCGGCCGCUUCUUCGCCGGCCGCCGCGUUCCACGACGUCCACGUGUCGUCGCCCAACAGCUCCGGUUACCGGCAGCCGGUCGCUUACGUCCACGCGGCCGCCGCGCCACCGCCGCCGCCGCCGACGCCGCCGAGGACCGUCAUCAACGUGACGCCGUCUACUUCCCCUACGUUGGCACCACCAGCAGAUCAACAUUUCGCGGCGGCCGACUCGAACACUACGCCCGCCAAGUCAUUCGUACCGUGCCGAGUGUGUGGCGACAAAGCGUCUGGGUACCAUUAUGGCGUCACGUCGUGCGAAGGUUGUAAGGGAUUCUUCAGGCGGAGUAUUCAAAAACAAAUCGAAUACCGGUGUCUGAGAGACGGUAAAUGUUUAGUAAUUCGAUUGAACAGAAACCGAUGUCAAUACUGCCGAUUCAAAAAAUGCCUCACGGUUGGCAUGUCAAGGGAUUCCGUGCGGUACGGCAGAGUGCCGAAGAGAUCUCGUGAACAGCUCGAGUCGGAGUCGAAGACCGUGUCGACCACCGACUCGAUCGUGGUGGUGGCGGCCGCCCCGACGGCCACGACGGCUACCACGACGACGGCCGCGGCGGCGGCCAACGCGGCCGCGGCUGCUGCAGUGGCCGCAGCCAUAGGGAUCAGCGGCACGCCGACCGCGGUGGACGCGAUGACCGGCACCGGGACGACCGCGGUGAUCGAGACCAACGGCGGCGGCGUGUCCAUAUCGUAUGACGUGAUCGCGGCCAUAUCGCAGGCGCACCUGACUAACUGCGACUACACGGACGAGCUGACCAGAACGCUACUCCGGAAACCCGUAGCCUCUCCGCCCGGUAAGGGAUGUACAAGUCCAGAUAUUGCGCCAACAACAGCGGACACCGAGAAAAAGCAAAAGAUAUGGUUGUGGCAACAGCUAGCUGCACGCAUCACGCCCACUGUGCAAAGGGUAGUGGAAUUCGCAAAAAGAGUACCAGGUUUCGUAGACCUCAGUCAAGACGACCAACUGAUUCUCAUAAAAGUGGGAUUUUUCGAAUUGUGGCUGUGCUACGUAUCCAGAUUGGCCACGGAACUUUCGCUGACCUUCUACGACGGCACGUUUAUCACGCGACAACAACUGGAAAUUAUUUACGACGUGGAAUUCGCCACAAAUGUAUUCCAGUUGGUGACGUUUUUCAACAGUUUAUCACUCACAGACACUGAUGUCGGUCUUUUCGCCGCCAUCGUGCUGUUAACGCCGGACAGACCAGGUGUCUCGGAUGUGAAAACCGUGCAGCACAGUCAAGAUCGGAUCGUGGAAGCAUUCAAGCUGCAACUGAGCAAAGGUCAUGGAGGAGAUCAGAAUUUGGCCGAAGCCGUGUUGUCGAAAUUACCUGAAUUGCGAAGCAUUGGUGCCCGACAUGUAACGCACCUCGAAUGGUUUAGGUUACACUGGCACAUGUUGAAAUUGCCACCGCUAUUCGCCGAAAUAUUCGACAUACCCAAGUGUGAAGAAGACUUGCAUCAAGGCUGAAUUAUUAUCUUUCUAUUUUAUUGUUACAGGUUUUUUUUUUUUUUUUAUAACGUUUCGUUUUUUUACCUGAAACGAAUCGGAUACUUCCUAAAUAAUGAACAAAAUGUGUUUACAAUCAAAAGCGAAAAAUAUUAAUAACGAUUUAAUACAUUAUAUAAUAUAUGUAUCAUGUGUUGUAAAAAGUGACGUAAAACAAUCUUGAACUGAGUGAUGCAUUGUUAGCGCUUUAUUAGCCCGAAAUAUUUAACGCCAUAAUGAAUAACGUGCAUCCAAACGCGAGAGUAUAAUAUAGCAUUGUAUUAUAACUUCUUGCCGUUCGAUCAAAGAUAAAUAUACAUUAUGUAUAAAUAUAUUCAGUGCUUGGAAGGAAAGCAUUCUACUUGUCCCUUUAAAUUCAUUCAAUUUUAAGGGCUUUAUGAUGAAUCGUCUCUAGAAUCCAGUUAAUAUAAUGAUGGAACAUGAACAUCUUUUCUCGUUACUUCGUUCGCUCUUUUCUUAAAUACGAGAGCAAUUCGAAACAUUAAAUUCUACAAUUCAGUCGAUAAACUUUUCCAUGUUUAAUAUUUCAUAGUAAUUGUUAAUUAUUCUGCUUAAUUAAUAUCGAUAUUAUACAUAAUAGAUAUAUCAGUAUUACCAAACCUAUGCAUUUCAUAUUAUUUGGUUUUGACUACUUAUUAUUUUUAAAACAUGAAUUGAAUAUAGGCCAGUAUAUUAUUGGCGACGUUGUCGUCCGUCUGACGCACGCAAGUUUUCGUUGGCAGUGUUAGUAAAAUAAAAUAAAGUGAUUUUCGUAAAUACUUUACUAUCUGUGUAAUUUUACAAAACGUCAUUACCAUCACAAUAUAUUGUGAUCAAAUUUGAUAUUAUUAAACUUAUUUACAAAAUUAUUAUUCCGAUGUUAUUGAAUUAAUUCGACAAUUUUAUCUGUAUUUUGUAUUAUUAGAAAUGUAUUCGUCAUUGUUUUCUAAUGCAUCAACUUAGUCUUCAAAUUCCACAAAAUAAGUCUACCCAAGUAAUAAAAUAUGUCAGAAGCAUUGUCAAUUAUAAACCAUUUAAAUUUUUCAAUAUAUUUUUUUUAAAUAAAAAAACGAAGAAUGAAAAUAAGUUCCAUUUUAGGGACGAGAACUAAAGAAAUAAUUCAUGUCUUUUAACUGGGAACUGGAACUGAACGAUAAUUAAAUCCUUUACUAAAUUAACUUUCCGAGCACUGUAUAUAUUACAACUGUUAAAAUGAGCAAUAAAAUACAAAAACUUAUAUCAUCUAAUUAGAAUAAUUCAAUGUAAAAUGAAAUAAACAUGAAUAAUAAAUACAUAUUUUAAUAUAGGGUAUACGUACAAAAAACAAUCUUGUAUGAUAAGAAUUAUUCUUUUAAUUGAAUAGUUAGAAAUUCAAUGACGAUCAAAAUUUCAUCUUAGUAACGUUGAUGACGUUCUCGAUUCUUGUUAGGAUUCUUGCAAUAAUAUUAAUCAUUUUCAUAUCAUACAUAUUUUUUUUUUUUUUUAAUCACAUACCUAAUGUGUUCAGGGCUUAGUGGAGUAUGGAUAAUAUCAUCAUACUUAUAUAGUAUUAUGUAAUUAAUUAUAAUUAUAUAAAUACAUAUAUAUUUAUUGUAUAUUGUAAUAGCUCCCUUUUUCCUUUCUAUAUAAUAUUACGAUGUAUUUGGCCUGAAAAUGUGUUUUGUCUUUGUACUGUGUUCAUCAAUGACAAUCUUGAGUUCGUUUAAAAAGACAAAAGAAAAAUGAUCUAAACAAUGUUUUAUAUUUGAUUAUUAUUGUACGGUAAAAAUAAUUUAAAUUAAUUUUAUGUUUUAAUUUUUUUUUUU